AUGUCGGACGCCCACUCCAGGUCCGCUUUGUCACGAUACCGUCCGAUCCUGUACCUCCUCUCCGGUGUAGCAGCAGCCUACGCGAUCGUCUACAUUCAUCAGCACCUCCUCCACCCAGGAGAAACCGGCGCCUCUUCUUCCCCAGGUGGCUCACGUCUUCAUCGCCGCCGCGCCGUCCGCCGCCCGCGCCGCAACAACAGCAGUGGCAAUGAUCCUCCCGAAGAGUCCUCCUCCGCCGCGGACACGCCGUCAUCGCGCGCCAUCGCGCACCUCGAACAACUCGAGCGCCACAACGGCGUGUACGGAACUUUCCGCAUCGAGACCGAAGAUGGCCGGCGCGUCGAAAGCGGCCUCCUCCCGUCUCUCCUGGCGACUCGAGACCAGCUGAUGGAGCAGGUUGGGGUGCCCGAGGCCCACGCCGAACGCAUGCGGGAGAUGAUGGAAGAUACCUUUUUGGAGUCGUUCCUCGCGCUGGACUUCCCCGCCAGUCACCGGCUGGACGAAGGCAGUCCUGAGCGGGAGUACCUGAUCGCGCAGCUCCAGCGACGCGGGAUCUCGCGCGCGGGGAUCGAGAGGGCGCUCGUUCGGUUCAAUGCGGACGAUAACUAUGGGGCGGAUCUGCGGCGCCGGCGGCAGAACGGUGAGAGAGUGACGCUGUCGACGUCGAGCUUUCCCUACGAAACCGAGGAAGGCGAGUCCCCGAGGCCGGACCUGCAGAGUAGUGCCGCCGUCGAUGGCGGCGAUGAGACGGUCGUGGAUGACCAGAGUGUCUUCUCGUGGCGCGACGGCGCGGAACAUAACAAUGAGGCGGCGCCGAUGCAUGAGGGCCAGAAUCUGCUGAAUCUGCUCUAUCAUAUCGCGGAGGAUCAGGCGAGGCGGGAUGGGUAUAUCCAUCGCGGCGUGACGUGUAACAGCUGUGGUGCUAUGCCGAUUCAGGGAAUCAGGUACCGAUGCGCCAACUGCAUUGAUUAUGACCUGUGUGAAACCUGCGAAGCCAUGCAGGUGCAUAUCAAGACGCAUAUGUUCUACAAGGUGCGCAUUCCCGCGCCGUUCCCGGGCAGUCCCCGCCAGUCGCAGCCGGUUUGGUAUCCUGGAAAGCCGGCGAUGAUGCCGCGCAGCUUGCCAAGAACUUUGUUCAAGCGGUUGAUGAAAGAGACUGGGUUCGAGAAUACCGAGUUGGAUGCGUUAUGGGAUCAGUUCCGGUGUCUAGCAAAUCACGAAUGGGAGGAUGACCCGAACAAGGUGCAUAUGGCCAUCGACCGGAAGACGUUUGAUCGGUGCUUUGUGCCGAAUACUUCUAUCAGGCCGCCGCCCCCGAGUCUCAUCUAUGACCGCAUGUUUGCGUUUUAUGACACCAACAACGACGGCCUCAUUGGACUGGAGGAGUUCCUGAAGGGUAUUGCUAGCCUGAACAACAAGAGUAAUGACGAACGGCUUCGCCGCGUUUUCCGGGGAUAUGACAUCGACAAUGAUGGCUUCAUUGAGAGAAAGGAUUUCUUGCGGAUAUUUAGAGCCUAUUACGCUCUCAGCAGGGAGUUGACCAGAGAUAUGAUUGCCGGUCUGGAAGAUGAUUUCUUGGAAGGUGGUGCGCGGGAUGUCGUUCUUGGAAGCCAGCCGAUCAGUUCAGCGUUUCCUGGGAGCAUUCCUAAUGGUGAACCCUCACGGGCAGGUGAAGGGAAGCGCGUCAACCAUGACGGAGAUCUGGAGAUUGUCGACAACGAGGGAGUGUUGCGUCUUGAUGGAACGGAUACUGGUGAUCGUUACUCGGUGAUUGGAGAUGCUGCCGUUCGAAGCUAUUACGGGGUCACGCGGCCGGUGUUCCCUACGGCAAUGCGGCCACCUGCCUCUGGCGCUGCUCGUGCUUCAGGGAGCCAAGCGAGAAGAGGAACGAACACCGAUGAAGCCGGGGUUGCAGCUGAUGAUGCAUCGAGUUCGUCUGGUGCCAGCGAUCGAUGGCCUCCUCCGGAGCACAUUCGCAACGAGGACAUUGUUAGCGCUCUUGGAGCUUACGUUCCUGUUCAUGAGAUCACAGAUCCUGUUGAUCGGGCUCGCAUCGGCACGGCUGUAUACAAUAGGAUGUAUGCCACGGAUCAGGUUCGUCUCCACGUGACCCGCCGAAUGGGGGUUCACGACCGAUGGAGACGAAGAGGUUUCUACACGGACGAAGAAGAUGGCGCCACCGCCCCCGUUGGCUACCAAAGCGACACGGAUGCAGCUAGCUCAGAUGAAGAGGACGACCAUGAGGUUGACGAAACACACCCAGCCACAUCGGAGUCACACCCGCCAUCUCCCCGUUCUCGCUCCUCAUCCAAGGUGCGAUUCCAGGAUGACCUGACUGACGAUUAUGACGUGAGAUCGAAUCCGUCGACCUCCUCGCGAAGCAUCCUUGUGAGUGAACGGUGGGGCGGCUUUGAGGUCCCUGAAGUGGAAAGAGAUGUUGGAAAAGAGAUUCUGUAUCAAGUCACUCAACAAGGGUUCAACGAACUACUCGACAUCCUUUUCAAGCCGAAGGAGGAUCUGCUUAUGGAGGUCUACGAGACCCGGGCUGAGCGUAAGAUAUGGGCCCGCGAAAUCGAACUCACCGAGCAGAUGGAGCAUGGCAGCCAGGCUGCUCAAGAAGUUCCUGUCGUACAGCCGGAAGCUGAAGCCGAUGAGGGGGAGCCAGAGGCAGCAAUGCAGAGCAUGAUUCGCGACAGAUCUCUUGAUGAACUCCUUCAACGGGCAGGAUAUUCCGUCCAAAGUCCUACACUUGAACCCGCCCAGGUUUUGGCGCCUCCAACACCAGAGUUGCACAUUCCAGAUGAGGAUGUUGAAUCGCUCAUUGACCCUACCGAGUCGGAAGACAGUUGUCCGUCCUCCGCUGCAGCAUCAUACUACGAUCCCACACUCCCCCACCACCGUCCCAACGAGGACGACCUCCUCACAACCACCCCGACUUUCCACCAAACCACAACCCGCAGCCCAUCACCCGCUUUUCUCCCCUCUCACCAGACCGACCUCCCCAGCGAACUCCGUCUCGACCCUACCAACCCAAUCUCCUUCCCAGCACCCGCCUCCCCUCUCCCGGCAUCCUCCCCCGAAGCCGAAGCCACGGCCCCCAAGCUCUCCCCCUCCCCCAUUCAACCCCUUCCGCCUCCAUCCUCCACCCUCCCCAAACGACCCAGCCCGACGCUCCCCCCUUCUCCGGUGACGCUAUCCCGCUGGGCCUACCUGAAUAAAGUGGAACGCGAAGCCAAAGAGCGCGGCGGCAGCGGCGCUAAGCUCAACUUCGAGGAGUUCGCGCAGCGCAUGGCGAUGGAUCGGGGCCGCACGCUGGCUUUCGUGGCUAGCUGGAUUGAGAUGGCUAGUUUCUAG